AUGCCAUGGUCGCACGCAGAUCGCCGAUGCAUCCCGGCCCCGUGGAGCUGCCGAGGCUCCAAAAAAUGGUGGCUCGCAGAGCGGCUGAUCGGACAAGUCGGCAUGUUGUUGAACAGCGUGAGUCUUCCAGCGAGAAUUCUGGAUGGGGUUGCGCUGUCAGAAAGCUACAGGGAGUUUCUCACUGACCAUGGCGGAUGUCUCGCUGCUCAAUGGACGAUGGAGCUUCUCCACGUUGAGCUUGGCAUGUCCCGUUCUGAAACACACGGUGAUUGGGCCCACGCGCUUGGAGUCGACGGCAUCGCAGCUCCGUUCAGCACAUUUUUCCGAGGCGACCGGGCCUGUCUGAUGUUUUUUCAUCAGCUGCUCUGGGGCAGUGGUACUGCUUGGUCUUCUGUGGCCGCCAGUGGCUGGAGUACCUUCGCCUUGCUUGGGAGGCUCUCCAAGGCUUUCCAGCUCUACCUGGAAAGGCAGGGCAGGCCGUCGAGCAAAGCUUUGGAGGGCCUGCUGUCGCUGCAACUGACGGUGGAGAGGCGCAACAUCGCUGAGCAGCUGCCAGAACUGAUCCAGACAGCUCUUUCCAGCUUGAAAGCUACGAAUAUGUCUGCACCAUGGAAAGUUCGAGCAGCAACUGCAGCGCAAGCAGAAGAUCUCUUGCGAGAAUGGUCGCGUGAAGCUCUCUACCGUGGGCUGCCACCUUGGCAGGUGGUGGCAUCAUUCUUGAUCGACCUUCAGUCGCCCUUGUUCUGGCAGCUGCUGGACACCAUGCUGCUGCCGGACAGCGUGAGCAUUUGCUUCCCCAAGCUGCUUUCCUGGAAGUCGCCUGUGAAUCGUGGCCACUGCAUCGCUAGGCAUUGCGCAAAAUUCUGGGAUGUGGAGGAAGCCUUUGCUGCAGCAACUGUGCAUGCUGAUGCUGCCAACCAGAGCGCCGCCAGAGACUUGACUGUCUUUCACGUGGGCACGGACCGCGAUUUCCUCAGCGACAGUAUCCGCAGCGAGUGCUUGGCAAGAUGUGAAAAUUCUGUGCUCGGCGUUUUAAGACAGGUGUCCGACAUCUUACUGCGCUCUGAUGUAAAGGCGCCAUUUUUUUACGUGGACGCAGGGGCAGCCCUGGGGGAGUGCAUGCUGUCGGCCGCGUUCCUGGUGCCCGAGGGUCGCUUAAGGGGUUUGGCAUUCGAGGCGUUGCCCAAGUGGGCGAAGCGAAUCAAGGAGACCCUACGCAUAAAUGGUAUCGCUGCUUCUGGGAGCCACAACACGCAGGUGGUGCUUAAGAAUGUGGCUCUGGGUUCUACGCGUUCCAAGAUGCUCGGAUCAUUCGCCGUUGGAGGCUUCAUAGCCGGGGCCCGUGGAAGCAUUCUUGCAAGAAGCUCUACCCUGGAUCAUGAAAUUGCCUCACAUCUGGGCCGGGAGGAGACUGUUGAUCUGCUGCACAUCUUCGUGAACUCCUGGGAGCCGGCCGUUCUAAAGGGCGCAAGGCAGCUCCUACUGGAUCGCCGCGUGGGCUGCGUGCUUGUGCAAGUAUAUGAUCGAGAAUCAAUGUCCGCUGUCGUGAAGGGACUCCUCCGCAAGGUUGGUUACGCUGUGACGAACCACAGUCUUCGAUCAGGCUGGUCGGGCUCCUCCUACGUGGCAGGUAGCCCUUCCGAUGCCGUCGCCCAGUCGGAGGGGACGCCCUGUGAUCAACGCUUCUUCCAGUGGUGGCUGCGU